CCGACGAAAAGUUUUUAUCUGAUGGAUGCCAAAUUUUGAUUCAUAUUUUAUCGUAAUAUUUUACGGUAGUACGUUAGGUGGUACAUAUAGAUGACGUUGUAGUAAUAUUGAACAUCUCGCGUCUUCCUCCCUGCAUCCGUCUAACGCUUCACAAUUCGAAAGAAUGUCAAUUCAGCUUCUAUCCCAUACCAUGUCUCUCUCUAGCCGCCGUGCCUUCGUUUUCGCCACUACCAGUUGCUAUCGCUUUUCGCUAUCCCGCGCUCUCCAACKCUGCGAUGCAAAUGUUGGAACAACUCGCUUUCUAUCGUCGAAUUCUGAUCCGUUCCGAUUUCAAAAGAUUGGGAUCGAGCUUGAGCCACUCAAAUAUCCCUUGUAUUCGGAGAAUCCACCGCAGUUACGGAACGCUGUUCGCGAAAGAAGCCUUGCGGAUUCCCCUAUAGAUAUCCAAAACGACUUCGAAACCAACAAAAAUGAAACUGAACGUGAGAUUUCGUUUCUUAUAGAAGAACUUGCCCGGGACCGAAACGAAUGGAGACGUGUCUUCCCCGAGAAUAAACCWUUCUGGAAGGGCCAGUUCAAGAAGGUUGUAGACCUACAGCUCCUUCGCAGGGAUGAGCGGUUGAAUCGAAAAAAGGUCAGAAGAAUUAAGGCCAUGAUGCCCGAUAUAUGGAAAAGAUGGAAAAAWUUUAAUCUGACGACGAUCGCUGAGGCGGUCAAUUCGGAAUAUCCCGCCUUGCACCAGGGAAAYCUACUCGACGARUUCUUUGCCAGCGGCAGCUUGCGCCCGUACCCAAACGAACCCAACUUUCGUAGCUUGAACGACUUUGUCGGUCUGCAGGCACGGCUGGCAUGCAUCAAUACCUGGGCCUUCCAUGCGGUUGCCCCCGUCAAUUUUGGCCUYAAAUGGAUCUAUGGCAUGCCACGGCCCGAGGAAGUAGCUUUUGCGAUUACCGAGGAUAAGCUAACUACUGAUGAUGGAAUCCCACGAGAYGUCGUGGAAAUGGUCAAGGAAAUGAACCUCGGGUCUGCCCCAGAGUUUACUGCCUACGAGAAAGGAUGCCCCUUCCAUCCCUCCUGGCCUGCCAUGCACUCAGCCGGAUCCACUCUCAGCACAUGGUUGCCGGCGGUGGUUGAUCUCAAACCGGAACAAUACGAACAGGCGCUCAGAACCGACUAUGCGGUAUCGUAUGGGCGCUCUGUGGCUGGCGUUCACUACAACCAGGACAAUCUUGCGGGCCUGAACAUUGGCAUGAAAAUCAUGCAGUUGAAGCUGCCACAGUAUUUGGCCAAGGAAUUUGGCUACAACGAGAACACCAUUCGUGAGAGACUCGAUGCACUCGCGUUUGACUGGAACGACUAUAACCCGAGGCAGUGCAAAAUUGGUGAUUUGACGGCAGGGGAGCACCUGGCAAAGAUUGCUCGAACAGGAGAAUUGUCAUUCGAUCCAGAKGUGCGUGCGGGCCGUGCGAGCUGGUAAAGACACGCCGAUGAAGGUGAGGGCAGGAUUUAUGAGUUUAUUUGGUUUAUAUGCAUGUGUGUUAUGAAUGAAAACAUGGGGAUCCGCAAUAGCAGGGGCAACAGAAGACAUUGAAGAGAUCAUUUAUGUCCCAGCUCAGAAGCUCCCAGUGUAGAAGACGAGGUAGGAGGAGAUCUUCYAUCUCAGCAAAGAUCAAAAACCGACAACGACAAACAGAGUUCUGGUGUUUCUCUCGCGGUCGUGUUAAUGACUUACAGACAGGAGAUGCAAACCUAUGGGAAUCCAUGAUGCUCCGAUUCGGCUCCCCGUGCUGCCCGAACGCCCGAAUCUUCCAGAAUCGAUUUUUUCAGUGGCUUCCUCGAAGCCAAUUGACGCAAACACAUUCUUG